CUCUUGAGCAUUGACGUCUAUCAUGAUGUUAACCUUAAUUUUUUAUUUAUUUAAUAUAUUUUAAAAAUUAUAAAAAUGAUUUCAGAAACUGUUAAUGAAUCUGACAUAAAUAUAAAUAUGCAAUACCAAAAUCUUAGUAUAUAUGACAAUGGUCCACCAUUUGAAGUCUUUCAGAAUGAAGAAACAACUAAAAACCCGAAUAUCGAUGGGAAAGCCUUACGGAUGAUGCAAAAAAUGGGGUACAAACAAGGAUCUGGUUUAGGUAAAAGUGAACAAGGAAUUACUAAAAUUAUAGAUAUAAACUAUCAACAUGGUAAAAGAGGUUUGGGACUAAAAUUAAAACGUAUUGAAGAUACACUCAAAACCUGGGAUUUCUCAAUUGAGGAGGUGAAUGUAAAGGAAAAUUUGAUUUGGCUAAAAAAUGAAGAAGCUGCAGAUUAUACGGAGGAAGAAAUGUUCACAUGGAUAAAAGAAGGAGAGCAUAUUACAGAUAUUAAAACCCAAUCUGAAUUUUGUGAUGGAGAAAUUCUUAAUAAUGUUGUGAAUGCAAAAGAUAUAUUUGAUGAAAUGGACAUUAUUGAACUGUGCCAAGCCAGAGCAAAAUCUAACCCAUUCGAGACAAUUCGUUCAGCAUUUUUUAUGAACAGAGCGGCAUUGAAGAUGGCCAAUAUUGAUGCAGUGACAAAUUACAUGUUCACGGAUGUUGACAAAAAUGAAACUUUUCAGAAUCACGAAGGUCCUUAUUAUUUCGCAGAUGUGUGUGCAGGCCCGGGAGGCUUUACCGAAUACGUCCUAUGGAGAAAACAGUGGCAUUUUAAAGGAUUUGGUCUAACCUUAAAAGACGAGAAUGAUUUUAAACUGAGCGAUUCCACUUGUGCUUGUCCUGCAUCAUUCCAGGCUUUGUAUGGUAAAGAUGAUGACGGAAAUGUGUGCUCCCCAGAAAAUAUUUUGGAUUUCAAAGAGAAAGUCAUGCAUGAAACUGAUACUGGUGUUCAUUUUAUGAUGUCGGACGGUGGAUUUUCGGUGGAAGGAAACGAAAAUUUUCAAGAAAUUCUAUCGAAAAGCAUUUAUAUAUGUCAGUGUUUGGUUGCUUUGGAAAUAGUCAGAUCUCAUGGGCACUUCGUAACAAAAUUGUUUGAUGUAUUUACACCAUUUAGUGUUGGUAUUUUGUUUCUCAUAUUUAAAUGUUUUGAAAAAGUGGCGAUUUUAAAGCCAAACAGUUCUCGACCAGCCAAUUCUGAACGAUAUUUUAUUUGUUCGAACUUAAGCAGGGACCAUUUUUACGAAAAAGUCAAAAAAUAUUUUUGGUUUAUAGUACGGAGACUAUGGGAGAUUAAAGAUAAUAGUGAUAUAGACGUGCUGGAAAUAGUGCCUUUACAUAUUUUAAAAGGCGAUAAAUCUUUUUAUAAUUACAUAGUCAACAGUAAUAAUACCUUAGCUGUUAGACAAACGACAGGAUUAAAAAAAUUAGCAGCAUUUUGUCAGAAUCCAACUUUAGUGGAGUGCCGGCAAGAAGAAUAUAGAAGGAAAUGUCUCGAAUUCUGGAACUUACCUGAUAAAUCAAAAACGGCACUACCUCAGCUUAGCGCACUUCAGCUUGUCAAUUUAGUUUUAGAUAAACCAGAAAUUCUUUUGGUGCAACCAAGAAAAGUGGACCAUAUUGAAGCAUUUAACGAAUUGAUCUCAGACGUGGAAGAUUGGUAUUAUUUUCCAUUGUAUAGUUCUCAAAAAACAAAUAAUUGUAACUUCUACGCUGGUGUUUCUGGUAAGGUGUAUAGGUUACAAAAAGGAAAGUGGAUAAAAAUAAAUAAUAUACAAUUAUGCAGAGGAACCUUGUUAUACGGCGAAUUUGUCAAAGAAAAAUGUGUUACACGAACGGAAAUUAAUAAAGAAACGGAGUCUACUAAAUAUAGCCUCCAUAUAAUAGAUGCUUUAUAUUUGGGAGAGAAAAGUUUGAUUGAUCUAUCAUUCUUUAAAAGGCAAGAUCUUAUUAAACUCUACUGCAAAUCGCUAAAUAAAGAAGGAAUACCUCUUUCUGUAAGAAUCCGACCAAAAAUUUCUAAUAGAUUUUCAAAUAUAACUUCAGAUUGUUUGAUUUCAUCGAGUAAAUGAAUGGAACUUACUGCAACCUACCAUUAUUAGGCUACAAGUCGAUAUCCGAAUCAUUUAAGACAAAUUCAUUACUACUGCUAAAAAUGAACUCAAAUCAGUCCUUCCACUGGACAUACGUAUUAAGAGUACAAAUUUUUAUAAAAGAUAACGAAGAAAUUAAUGAAGAUAGCUUACUUUUGGAAAACAUUCUCAGCGAAGUGAAAGAGAAAAGUUGAGAAGCGGUACUUCUCUUUUUUUAUUUUUGAUUAAGUGAAUCAAGUAAAAUAAAGAGAAUACAUAAAUGAA